UGAUGAUGUGAGCAUGUUCGUUUCAUAAUAAAAAUGUUGCCAGGUAACCAAAAAGUCGUAUGUUUUUGUGCGAAUUACGAUCAUAAUCUUUACGAUCGUACAUUAAAAAAUAGACAAAUAAUAGUAUGAGUACGAUUUAAAUCGUAUAUCUGUCAACCCUGCUAGCAAGACAGCGACAAAAUCACGUUGCAUAACAAUGUAGCCCAAGCUUAUAUCUUAUGAAAUAUACGGAAGAGAUACGGACUUAGAAAAAACAGAAAUGUUGUUCUUUGUGGAAGUCAUUGAUGAAAUUCUAUGUAUUUUAGCCCGCAAACUUUCUUCAAACAAAAACAGCGCCAUCUAGUAUCGAGUUCUGUAAUUAUCUCUUUGUUUAUGGAUUUGAAGUAAGACCGCCACGCAUGCAAUACAUUAUGACUGGGGAUUCCCCUAUUCGUCGACGCUGAAUAUGAGGCGACGACAAUCACUGUCAAACGUGUUCACUAUUACUCUGACUCUGGUAACGUGACUUCCUGGUAACGUGUUAGGUAGGAAAAGCAGUAAAAAAGUGCAUAUUAAGGGAGCAGAUUUGAAAUAAUAUUUAUACUUAACAAGAAAUAAUUAAAGGUUCAAUGGGGAGACCUAAAGAUUUACGCAUAUGGGAGCACUACCGUACUUUACCAAACAAGUCUGUUUCUUGCAAGCUUUGUAAUAAGGUCUACAAAUUCAGUAAUGCUGCCAAAAUGCUUCAACAUCUUAUCACUUGUCCAAAAUCUCCAGAAACAUUAAAAGACUCUAUGAAACUUAUAAAAGAUAGCUCGUCCAAAACCAAAAUGUCUGGACUGUCAGAGAUAGAGACAAAUGAUUCUUUUAUAAGCCCCUCGUCGUCUGCUAACACUACAAUAAAUGCUGAGUUUCAAGACACCGAUGAUCAUAUAAAAACAGAAUUAGCGAGAGCUAUAUUUGUAACAGGGACGCCAUUAUCGAUGGUGCAACAUCCUUUAUGGAUACAAUUUUUCGAAAAAUUGCAACCAAAAUUUAAAAUACCUUCACGUAAAGCUUUAGCGACAAAAUACUUAGAUAAAAUAUAUAGAGAAAUGCGUUUUGAGUUAAAUGAGGAACUAAAUGCUUGUAGUUACUUACACCUUCAGUGCGAUGGCUGGUCUAAUUUAAGAAAUGAAGGAAUAAUAAACUUUCUUAUAUCAAAACCUCAACCUGCAUACGUUAAAAGUUUGAAUACAGAAAGUAAUCCUCACACUAGUGAAUACCUUAGCCAAGAAGUUGAAAAAGUAAUGAAAGUGUAUGGAGCAAAUAAGUUUCUUGUACUUAUUGGCGAUAACGCUAGAAAUAUACAAAAGGCAUUCGAAUUAACAAAACUCAAAUAUCCACAUGUUGUUCCUCUCGGUUGCUGUGCACAUAUCCUUAACUUGUUGUGCCAAGAUAUUGUAAAGAUACAAGAAGUAACUGUGUUUAUUAUGCAAGCCAUAAAUAUAAUAAAAACUGUUAAAAGGAGUCAACGAUUAAGUUCCUUGUUGAUAAAAUCAAGGCAGGGUGAAGAUUCUACACAAACACUAAAAUUGCCUUGUGCUACAAGAUGGGGAAGUCAUGUUACUUCGUUAAAAAGUUUGAAAGCAAAUAAGAUAGCUUUGCAAAUAUUAACAGUUAGAGAAGAUGUGGUAAUUUCAAGAGAUAUUAAAGAUUUAAUUCUAAGUGAUGAUUUCUGGACGAAGACAGGGGAAUGUAUAAGUAUUUUGGAACCAGUCACUGAAAGCAUAUUUUACUUAGAGAGCGACCAGAAUCGUUUGCAUCGCACAUACAUUACAUUUAGAGAUGUACAAGCUAAGAUACGUUUUGCAUUAAAUGAGAUUUCGACAUUGAGCGAAGAAAGCAAACAGCAGAUUCUAACAUCAGUAUCUUCAAGAUGCAAUAUGGCAAUGAGGCCAAUACAUUUUGCAGCAUAUAUUCUAGACCCCAGGACUCUAGGAGUCGAACUUACUCAAGAGGAAGAACUUAAGGGUAUGGAGUUUAUCUACAAUUUAAGCCAACACUUAAGUUUGUCAAAUGUAAUGGCAGAUUUGGCGUGUUAUAAAGCUAAAGAAAACUUUUGGGCCAGAGGAUUUGUAUGGAGCUCAUUAGAUAGCAUUGAGCCCCUAAUAUGGUGGAAAGGUAUUUGUGGUUCCACUGAGUUAAGCAAAGUAGCGAUUCGUAUUCUAUCAGCUCCCUGUACUUCGGCAGCCACUGAGCGUUCCUUUAGUAUCCAAGGCUACAUACAUAAUAACAAAAGAAAUCGACUUACAACUGAAAGAACUGAAAAAAUUUCAUUCAUUUGUUAUAACUGGAAUCUUAAACAUAAAGCUGAAUGCGAGGACAUUCAGUUUAAUGAAGAAAAUACCUUAGAAGCUUUCAUUGAGCAAGUAAAUGAACAUAACAGUUUAGACGAAAUAGAGCCUAUCGAACCUAUACAAUUCAUCGCUUGUAAUAACUCUGAAUCUGACAGUGAUUGACUGUAGUUUUACAUUUUACUUUCAUCUCUUUCUUAAUAAACUCAAAAUCAAAUUAAAAGUUUUUUAUUCUGUAGGCUGCAUAAUAAUAUUGUCUAUGUCCAGUAUAGUGGACGUCUUGCGGCUGAGAUGACGAUGAUGAAGUACAAAAGCAUAAACACCCAAAAAUUUGGGUGUUUAUGGGGUUUAAACCCAAUAAACCCAAAACACCCGGUUUUUACCCACCAGACUUUAAACCCACCCAGGUGGAUUGCCCAU